AUGUCCUUCUUCACCCUCGCCAAAGCUCCCACGGCUCUGGGGCGCUACCGCGUCCUCAGCCCUCUCGCAGGCGUCCGCGUCUCGCCCAUCUGUCUCGGCGCGAUGUCUAUCGGAGAUGAGUGGGAUAAGAUCGGGAUGGGUGCAAUGAACAAGGAGUCGAGCUUCAAGCUGCUGGAUGGGUUCUACGAGCGAGGAGGCAACUUUAUCGACACAGCGAACAUCUAUCAAAACGAGUCUUCGGAGAGGUUCAUCGGGGAGUGGAUGGAGAGCCGCGGGAUCCGCGACCAGAUCGUACUCGCGACGAAAUACACCGCGUCAUACAAGGUGCAAGACCCAUCGAUCAACGUCAAAGUGAACUAUAGCGGCACCAACGCAAAGAGCCUCUAUGUCUCCGUCGAAGAAUCACUCAAGAAGUUGCGCACGUCUUACAUCGAUCUUCUCUACGUUCACUGGUGGGACUGGGGAACUAGCGUUGAAGAGGUCAUGAACGCUCUUCAUCAGCUCGUACAGUCGCGCAUGGUGUUGUACCUAGGCAUCUCCGACACACCAGCCUGGGUCGUAUCAAAAGCAAACACCUACGCCCGUCUGACCGGCAAAACGCCAUUCUCAGUCUACCAAGGCCGCUGGAACGUCCUACAGCGCGACUUCGAGCGCGAGAUCAUACCCAUGGCCCGAGCCGAAGGCCUUGCACUAUGCCCUUGGGGCGUGCUCGCGGGCGGCAAGAUUCGCACAGAUGCAGAAGAGGACGCGCGCAGGAGUACUGGUGAGAAUGGGAGAACGCUCAUGGGAGGACGGUGGGAGAGGAAUGAGGAUGAGCGGAAGAUGGCCAAGGUGCUGGAGAAGAUCGCGGGGGAGGUCGGGGCGAAGACUAUUCAGGCUGUCGCCAUCGCAUACGUGAUGCAGCGCACGCCCUACGUCUUCCCCAUCAUCGGCGGGCGCAAAGUUGAGCAUCUCGACGCGAACCUUGAGGCGCUGAACGUUGCACUCUCGAAUGAGCAGAUUGCAGCGAUUGAGAACGUCAUUCCCUUCGACCUCGGCUUCCCGAGCAACUUCGUCGGAAAACUUGAUGCUGAGCAGGACGAUCAUCGCAUCAGGACUGCGGGAGAGACCGUACGCUGGCCCGCCGCGCAAGCGAUCGUGCCUUCGACAGCGUAG